GAUGCGGCCGGGAGCAGCUUCUCCGGCUGGGAAUCAAGUGCACUGGUCUUUCUCAUCAGUUUUCUCGUAUUCUUUCGGAGAAAUGAACGAGGACAGCUGACUAAAAUCGCAUUCCUAGAUGUCCCCGUCCACUUUGGGAUAGUUUAUUUCACGUGUAAGGAUUUAAUUGUGAACCUCAAUGGCGUUUAAAGACUUUUGAGAAGGAUUCCCGAGCCUGGACCUGGACAGAACUUUACCUACCUGUCAAUAUGUCCAGCUGGAGUGUGAUGGUCUGCACGCACAGGGCUUAUGGAAUAUAGCCUGUUCUGUCACCAUUUUUACGCGCUCUCCGUCAGUCCCGUGAAGAAGAAACUCGGGCUCCUCUUUAUCAUGCUGCUCCUCUGGGUCUACAUGCUGUACUCCUGCGUGGGCUACUGUGCCACUAUGCCACCAGGUUUAGUUGUGGACAAUAAUAACAAUAUUCGAGCGAAGGAGACGGAUUUCCUCGGGAAAUAUGCUGAGGCAGAAAGUGGCCGGCCGGACCUGAUGAUGUCCAAGCUCCUGUCCAGACCGCAGAGCUCGUGGACGGACGUGGAGUCAGAUUAUGAUGAGCCCUCGGUCAGGAGAGCUCCCAGAGACUUCUCUAAAGAUGAAGGGGACGUAGACCGAGCUGAGGACUGGGACGACGUGCGGAGAGUUUCUUCGCUGUCAAGUUUCUCCAACGGCUCGGGCAACAAGAAGCUGCCUCAGGCGAUCAUCAUCGGCGUGAAGAAGGGCGGGACGCGCGCGCUGCUGGAGUUUCUGCGCGUGCAUCCAGAUAUCCGCGCGGUCGGAGCGGAGCCGCACUUCUUCGACCGUAACUAUGACAACGGACUGGACUGGUACAGGGACCUGAUGCCUAAGACCCUGGAGGGCCAGAUCACCAUGGAGAAAACACCAAGCUACUUUGUGACCCGCGAGGCUCCGGCUCGAAUCUACGCCCUGUCCCGCGACACCAAGCUGAUCGUGGUGGUCCGGGACCCCGUCACACGAGCCAUCUCUGACUACACGCAGACACUGUCCAAGAAGCCUGACAUUCCUACUUUUGAGAGCCUGACGUUCAAAAACAGGACUACAGGGUUGAUCGACACCUCGUGGAGCGCCAUUCAGAUCGGCAUCUACGCCAAACACCUGGACAACUGGCUGCAGUUCUUCCCCAUGAGCCAGAUCCUGUUCGUGAGCGGAGAACGGCUGAUCAGCGACCCGGCCGGAGAGCUGGGCCGCGUGCAGGACUUCUUGGGGCUCAAGAGGAUCAUCACAGACAAACACUUCUACUUCAACCAGACCAAGGGCUUCCCUUGUCUCAAAAAGGCCGAGGGCAGCAGCAAGCCCCAUUGCCUGGGUAAAACCAAAGGGCGGACCCACCCAAACAUUGACCCUGAGGUCGUGCAGAGACUUCGAGACUUCUACAGGCCUUUCAACAUGAAGUUCUACCAGAUGACUGGGCAUAACUUUGGUUGGGAUUAACCGUGAAUGGAGGACCCGUUGUUUUCUUUCUUUUUCUGUGUAUUUGAAAUGGCAAAAAGACAUUGAGAUGAUUGCUAUAUAUAUGUAAAAUGUACAGAAAUCUAUUUUAUAAUAAUUUAUUUUUAAUUUCUAAGCAAUUAAUUCACUAAGCUGCCUAACCAUAUUGUACAUAACGUCUGGCCCAACUCUAGUCUCACCACCGACAUUCCACGUUUUUGAUUUGCUCGGCGUGUUUCCAUUCACAAUGAAUUUAAUGGUGCUUCCGAAUUAGAACAUGCUUCGACAAACAAAAAAAAAAAAAAAACAGUUUGUUACGGGUAUCGUGCAGAUUUACAAACCAAUAGCGACAUUUGCAAUUCAUUCAGUUCUGAAUGUCCAUAACAUCUACCUUUGCGAAGGAGGGUAAUGAACUAUAUUUCACUCUCUGACCGCAUUUUGUGUUUCAUUACACUCCAUAUUGGCCCAAGUCCUAUUAUGCUCAGCUGAUAAGCAAGAAAGCUGAUUCAAUGUGUCCCUUUACUCAAUAACAUGACGAUCAAUAGCCCUAAUUGCUACUUACAGUGUCACUCAUGUUUAGAGUCAACCGCUGGGCUUUCACUCGCAGGUUCCUGUAAUGAAUGACCAAUCCAUCGAUGGCUAAAUCGUAUCUUGGGCAGCAUGUCGACAUUAUGUUAAUCGCGUAACAUAUCUGAACCGAUCGAUUGGGUUUCUCCAGCCUCAGAAAUGGCUUGCUGCCCUGUCUGAAAGGUUCAAAGGUCAAGAUAGCAUUGAAAGGAACUGGAUUUGUUUAGAAAGCAAGAGCCAAAUGACAUGUCAUGCACCUCGUAGAUGGCAGGCCCGCGUUUUUAUUAAAAAGCUUUACCCAAAUGUGACUCAUACUAGAAAAUAAGCCCCAUAACGUGACGGGUAACGUUUCUCAUUCAUCCCAUCGAAACUCGUUUUCCACUACAUCUCAGUUCUCCUCUUCUUGCCAAAUUUUAACAAGCUUGCAUUGAGAUGCCUCAUUGUUCAUCUUUUUCUCAUGCAAGCCUCCAUGUGCUUUUGUUUGUCUUUCUACUUGAAAGCGAGGAGAAACGGUCGGUCGCUCUUUAUCUGUGAAAUUCAUCCCGUGACCACUGAGAUGGCGGCUGUCUCGAAGGCAAGAUGAAUGACUGUGCUUUAGUACGGCUCUGGUUACUGUUCAUUUAGAGCACCUGAUUCAGGAUCAGCUCUCGAUGUCAGGUUAAGGUGUUGGGUUUGAAGGGUGCAUGGAGCCAACAUUUCACUUUUUACACCUCAGCUUUAACGUCAGGCUGAGAUGCUGUACCUGGAGGUCACCGGGUGGUUUUAAGGCAGAAUAUUGCAUUACGAAUGUACUGAAACUUCCCCCUUUUCACCCUUAUUUAAUAUACUGGAAAAUGAAAGGCAGAGGGACAUGUUUGUCUAAUUGUUUGUUCCUGGAUGGAUGCAUUUGAAAAGAUAAACAAAAUGAAAGCGUUCUGUAUCAGCUCACUGAUUUUUGUUUUGUUUUACAACAUGCUGUGCCUCGAACCUGUGCUAUGAUAAGCCAACUUCCUUUCGUUUAGAGAGGAGAUUGUAAUAUUUAUCAGCUGUGAGAACACAGCCAUACGAUUCUUGUUGGCCUUCAAGUCUGAAUUAAGUGGUGGAAGCUGAGGAAAAUUUCCUAGGGCAUUUUUCCUACUUUAUUCAAUUCAUCAAGUAAUCAAAUGUUCUGAGUCAAAAGAGAAACAAUGUGAAAUUUCUCCUCCAACUGUAAUCAAAUCAUCAAAGCUUGUUUCUUGCAUUCACAUUUCAUUUAAAAGCAAAUCAGUUGGAUUAUGGAACUGGAUACUGAAUAGGGUCGAGCAAAUUGUCAGCAAAUGCUCACCCAUGGGGCCUCCUGUGAUUUUUUACCAGUGCAAUUUUUUUUUUUGAUUCAGAAACAACUGUCCCAAGAUGUCGAGGCAUUUUCUGGGUAUAGUUUGUCACUGAUUACAUGUGAACUGCAUAUGAAUUCUGAUCUGUCAAAAGUUGUUGUGAGCAAAGUUUCAUAUCUUCGCUCAUGGUCAGGCAGUGUGCGCUGAUGCAUCUGUUUAAUGGUUGAGUUUUAUUCAACUUCAUAGAGAUAUCCAGAUGUUUAAAAAAUGUUUGUCUUACUCUGAGUAUAACAGAAAUAAAUAGACUAGAAAUGAGCUUUAUGUACAAAUGAUGAGGAAGACAUGUAAACCAAGUAUUUUGUGGUAUCAAAAAUUAAUUUUACACCAUGAAAGAGAAAAAUGAAACAGAUGUUUCUAGAUAAUUAAAUACUGAACAUUCAUACUUUUGCUUUGUAUGAAGAAUAAAAUAAAAUAUAUAUUUUACCAAA